AUGCAAUAUCGAAGAUUUUCAAUACUACGUAAAUUAUUAAAGCAACAACCAUAUGGAUCUGGUGAUAUAAAACCAGUAUUCAAACCUCAUUAUUCAAAUGAUAAAAAAAUAACGUUCGAAAAAAAUUUACCAUUCCAAUCAAAACCGAAAAAAAUAUGGGAAAUUCAAGGUAUAAGUAAAGAUGAAUUUUUUAAAAGAAAAUAUGGAAAUAUAAGUGCUGAAGAAAGACAAAAGUUGAAUGAGAAAGUAGAAAGACAAAGGAGGUAUAGACAAAUGAGAAUCGAUCAUGAAAAAUCAAUUAGAGAAAAAGAAUUUAAAGAAAGACAAGAAUUGAGAGAUAGAAUAAGAAAGGAGAAGUUUGAUAAAUUGGGAACUAAAGAAGAAUCAAGUCAUAAUUAUACUGCUGAUCCAUUAUUUGAAUACGUUUAUGGUACACAUUCUGUUAAAUCUGUUUUAUUAGCUAAGAAGAGACCAAUUUUAAAUUUAUAUACUCAUAAUUUAGAAGAUUCAAGUAUUAAAAAAUUUGCAGAAGAUGAAUAUGGUGUUAGAAUACGAAAAGUUGAAAAUAAGAAUGCAUUGAAUGUUUUAUGUAAUAAUGGUGUACAUAAUGGUGUUGUUUUGAAAACUAAAAAAUUGCCCAUCUCAUAUAUUAAAGAAUUGAGUCAAGUCAAAAAUAAUGAGUAUCAAGUUAAAGUUGAAAGUGCAAUUUCCAAUGAAGAAGAAGAGAUAUUGAAGAAAGUUGUAAGAGACAAUAAUAAAAACACGGAGCUAUAUCCAAUUGCAAUUUAUUUAGACGGUGUUACAGAUCCACAAAAUAUGGGAUCAAUAUUAAGAUCUGCAUUUUUUUUUGGUGUUGAUUUUAUAGUAGUGCCAGAUAAUUCAAGUGCGAGAUUAGGACCAGCUGCAAAUAAAGCAUCAGUUGGAUCAUUAGAUUUAAUUGAUAUUUAUAAAACACAUAAUAGUGUAAAAUUGUUUGAUCAAAUAAAAUCAAAUGGAUGGCAUGUAAUCUCAGCUGCUGGUAAAUUAACAAACAACAAUAAUGAUCAACAUGAAACUGAAAGUAAAUCACAAAGAGUGGAUAGGCAUUUACAAAAUAAAUUUAUUGAAUUAUCAGAUUUGAAAAUUAUUUUGAAACAAAGCCCAGUUAUGUUAGUUUUAGGUAGUGAAGGAAAGGGAGUUAGUAAUAGUUUGAAAGUAAAAUCAGAUUAUUUGAUAAGUAUACCAAAAUAUAGAAGAGAUGAUACAAUAGUUGAUUCAUUAAAUGUAGGAGUUGCCACGGGUAUAAUUAUACAAAAUUGUGUAGAACAAUAG